AGCCAGUGCGUGGCGCAGGAGGAAAACUUCAGAAAUUCAGUGAAUCUCUUUUUGUCACUUUACGCGUGAAAUAUGUAGGUUUUAGUGAAAAUAUUUAUUUAUUCCCAGCACCACCAGCAACUUCUAGAUGGAAGAUGUCGUCGGACAGGAUCGAAUGGGUCGAGAUCAUAGAGCCCCGCACAAAGGAGCACAUGUACGCAAAUCUCUCCACUGGAGAGUGCGUCUGGGAUCCGCCUGAGGGUGUCAAUAUAAAGCGAACAAACGACUCUCAGUGGUGGGAGCUCUUUGAUACCAACACCCAUCGCUUCUACUACUACAAUGUGGCAUCGCAGACCACGGUGUGGCAUCGGCCGGUGGAUUGCGACAUCAUCCCACUGGCGAAGCUGCAGACGCUGAAGCAGAACACAGAGAGGAAGGAUGAGUCCACGCAGACGUCCCACGGGAAGGUGAAUAGCAGUGCAAUUAUCUCUAAACUCUUCCGGAGUGAUCCUCGUGCUGAGAUUAAGGGCGCAUCGUCAAAGGAGCGCGGUCCACAGGAGUCUCGGAGUGUAGAACUCCUCUCAAGUCCACAGGGUCGCCACAGUUUCCGGCCGAGCUCUACAGAUUCGCCGGGUGGUCGCCACGAUGCCCACAAAUACUGUCGUCACACGGGAGGAUCGACGUCGCCGCGCAACAGCAGCCAGAGGCAUGAUUCCGGCAAGUCCAGUGACUCCAGCCUCUCCAGUGCCCACGGAUAUCGGCGUCUGCAGGACGGCGGGAGUCUUCGGAUUGGGCAGCAGCAGCACGGCGGACGGAAGAAGCAGCACAGUGCUGAGAAUUGCUACAGGAUGCUCCAGGAGAGCAACAGUUCGCACAACAUUCCCCAUGUGGCGAUGGGUGGGAGCGACAUGAAGCCAUCGUCACAGUAUCCAAAGCAGAAGUUGCCCUACUCACUCUCCAACUCGUCUGACCUGGCCGGGAGUGCAUCCCCGGCGCACUCCACCAGCACGCCGCAGCUGAAGAAGAAGCACGCCGGAGAUUUCGCCUCACGCACGUCCGCCGAUGCAACCAAACACCAGAGUUUCGACUUUGUUGGAAAAGAUCCUCCGCUCGUCUCUCUGACGCGCUCCGGGAGCUUCAUGUCAUCGCCGCGCCAGCAGCAUCAGUCGCGAACGGUGACGACGCCGGGCAAUGAAGGAAAUGGAGGUGGUAGUGAUGAUUCUAUGCAUGAGAAAUAUUUUAAAUCUGUUGAAAACACACCAGUGACCCGACGACGUCACACCACAUCGGCCAAGGGCGCCGCGAUUGCGUCGGGAGCGUCAGGUGGCGGGGGCAACGAUACGAGAGCCAGCGGGAGUGGAACAUCGUCGAGAGGACUGGCCACGGGCGGAACAGGCGGAUCAAGUGAUUCGAGUCCACAGAGUCCAAUAAGUCCGCAGAAUCAUGCAACGAAACCAGUGAGGCCAUCACUCUUGAGCAGUGUCUCCAUCGCCAUAGAUACCCCAAGCUCCUAUAUUUCUAGUCACAAGAAUGAUCCGGAACUGCUGAAUCUGGAUCUACCAACAAAGCCCGAAAGAUAUUUGGACAAGAUGAAGCUCGACAAGGGGAAGGUGUCACCGGGAAGCGUGUCAAAUAGUUCAGGCUUGUCGAUACAGCAAAUCAAUAGCCUGAUGAAGCCACUGGCGAACAAGUACAGCGGUGCUGUGACGUCUAGUCAAUGCCAAAAUGAAUUGGGUGCACCGGUGAGGCAGCAGCAUACAUCGUCAUUUAGCAAUACACCAAAGGAGCAUAAGGAGGAAUCAUCGCCGGCCGUGAUUCCCUAUCUCAGCAAGCCAAAUCUCGAGAGGCACAACAAGGAGAUGCACAAGCACAGCGCCGAGAGGGCCACGUCCACGGGUAGGCGCACGAGACGUCGGCAGCAGUACAUGAUGGGCACGAUGACCAGCGAUGCGGAGUACGACAAUGGGAACAUUUCGCCACUGUACAGCAAUUGGGAUCAGGAGAUGCAGGAACAUCUUCUACCUCUGCAGCACUAUAUUAUAGAGCAGGCCAAACUGUCUGGAUGCUACAGACUUGGUGAUCCUCUGGAUUCGGAUUCUCUCCACUCAGAUAGUCAAUCGGAGCAUUCUUUCUCUGGUCACGAGCCCGACAAUGAGGAUUCUGAUCACUCAGACGGUCGCGGUGAUUACCUGACGCAUCACUGUGUCACUGGAGAGGAUUAUGGGAUGACGAGAGGCAGUGGUGGUGCUGGUCACACAUCCUACUACAAUAUCGGAUUGAACUUCGACAAGGGUGAAAAGGAAGACAUAUCUUCCGAGGUGGAGGCCAAACUGGAAAGUGCUCGAGAUGAGCCACAAAUAUACAGCCCUGUGCGGAAUCACCCAAUCUUCCCAAUGGGCGGCAGCUCAGGUCUGCCCCAUCAUCACCACCAUGGAAAGAUGAGUGGUGUGCAGAAGCAGCACUCAAUGCCGUCGCCUGGCUUCCAUCUUCAGCAAUCAAUUGACCGACACAUGCACGGAAUGUCCAAAAUGCUUCCACCAUCCGGACCUGGUGGCGCUCCGCAGUUGGCCAUAAUGAAGGAGUGCGAUAUUGAGAAGUUUGCGCAAGACAAUCUGAACCUGCACUCGAAGGGAAUCUUCAGGAAGAAGUCAUCCGUGCGGGAUAUGCUGAGUUGGACGGGCAACGCUAUCAGUCGACCCAUGUUGGCAGUGUCGCGUGAUAAGGCGGGCAAGAAGAUGGCCACGGAGUUGUUCAAGCUGGUGCAAAUCUACAUGGGUGAUCGCAAAGCAAGACAAGGAAUGAGUCUCAAUUCCGUGGUAAUUGAUAUCAUCUCGCUGGCAGUGCAGCAGCCACCACUCCGUGAUGAAUUAUACGUGCAAUUGUGCCGCCAAACAACGGAGAAUCCAUCGCGUGAGUCUUUGAUUCGAGGGUGGGAAUUGAUGGCCAUUUGUUUGUCUUUUUUGCCUCCCUCGCCCACUUUCCAACCAGCUCUUCUGAACUACAUGAAUCGCCAUCGGGAUCCUACCUUCGCCACGAGCUUCCCAGAGGUGGGAAAGUGGCCAAUUCACGUGCAAAUAUCACAUUAUGCCACAAUUGCGUGUCGAAGAUUGGAUAGGAUUGGGAGUUCGGGGAAGAAGCAAGCCAAAAAGCCAUCAGAAGACGAAGUGAAUCAAGCAAGGGAUCAAAUCUUUCGGGACAGUAUGUUUGGCAAUACACUUCAGGAGGUGAUGGAUCUGCAGAAGGACAGGUUCCCAGAUCGUCAAUUGCCAUGGAUUCAGGUGACGCUGUCCGAGCAGGUGCUCCUGAUGGGCGGAAAACAAACUGAGGGCAUCUUUCGUGUUCCUGCGGACGUUGAUGAGGUGAUGUACUUGAAAAAUCGCCUAGAUCGAUGGGAAAUUCCAGAGUACAAGCCCUCAAUGGAUGCACACUCACCGGCCAGUCUUCUGAAGCUUUGGUACCGCGAACUCUAUGAUCCUCUUAUACCUGAUGAUCUGUACGAGAAGUGUGUUCAGACUGAGGAUCCCGAGGAGGCAGCAACGAUUGUUAACAAAUUGCCACGAAUUAACAGGAUGGUUCUCACGUACUUGAUUCACUUCUUGCAACAAUUUGCUCAGCCCGAUGUUGUGGCCAACACGAAGAUGGAUUCAUCGAAUUUGGCAAUGGUAUUCGCACCUAAUUGCCUGAGGUGCACAUCACAGGAUCCCAAAGUUAUACUCGAGAAUGCGAGGAAGGAAAUGGCCUUCCUGCGCACCCUCAUCAUCAAUAUGGACACAUCGAGUGUGGCAUAUCUCAAGUGAGAAGCUUUCCCAGUCAUCGCUCCAGUUAAUUGCUAAAGAACAAAAACAUGCUGUUUGCCAAGGUAAGAAUUUCUUCUCAAUAUUUCCCAAACACUUCUUUCAAUAGUGCAGUUGACGAUUUUAAACAGUGUGCUAUAAAAUUGAAUUUCUGAUGAAGAGAGAAUAUCCUUGCUCCAAAAGAGAAUGUAUUUGUCUUUUUGAACAAAAAAAAAGUUACACAGAAGAUUGAAAAGUAUUAAAAAAUUUUCCUAUAGUGAGAGAAGGUGAAAAAUGAUGAAAUUUAGGCGUUUUAGAAUUUGACGAAGAGAGAAUUUAUCAUGCAGAGAGAAAGAGAGAGGAAGGAAAUAUUAAAAUCCUAUCAAAUACGCUCUUAUUUAGUGGCAACAUUUUCUUUGAAACCUAAGCGAAGAAAAUUCAAGAAAUAUUUAUUGAUGGACGCAAUUUAUUACUUUAAAGAAAAUCUACAUUAGAAGAUUGAAGAGAAAUACAAUAAUUAAAUAACAAAUAAGUCGCUAGAGUGUUCCACAGUUUUUUGAUGAUUAAACGAUGAUGAAAGUAACUUUUGAAGAACAUGAAUCAAAUGAGCCACCAAUAAGCUUGGGUGAAGCAGAAUUUAGGAGAGAAGUGGAGUAAAAAUAGAGAUAAAAAUAUUUUUGCAAUACUUUAAAGAGGAAGAAUGAUAGAAAAAGCCAUUAUUGAAUUAUGAAAAGAAUACUGCAUUGUAAUAUUUAUUGUAAUCAAUUAUUAAUUAAUUCUCUCUCCAAAGUGUUUUUAGACAUGCAAAGAAGAAGAAAAAAGAGAAAUUCCACUAAGAUUCCUGAAAAAAAAACAA